GGGCAGCAGUUGCAGCAGAAAGCCUGAGCGCCCAAUGUCACCGGGCAGUGGGGAUAGGAUGGAUUUGGCACCAAGGUUGGUAAACAAGGCUGUCACGGAUUCACGAAGAUACUGUACACAUCCAACACUGUUCAGUUAAACAUCUGAAAAUGGUUGAAGAGUGGCGCAGCCGUAAACCAACCAGGACAUGGUUGUCCUGGCUGUCACCCUGUGGCUGCACCCUGACACAAUCACCUGUUCAUCCUCACUCUUUCAACCUCUCGAGUCCUUCUCCUCUUCCCUCCUCCUCACCUCAUGGCCUAUUAAUACUCAGACACAAAAGGCUCCAUUAAUGCCGCCGCUCCGAGACAGCAGUGAGCAUGAAUCUGAUAAUACAUGCUUCGGUGAACCUUCGGACACAGCUAUAAGCGAGGGGAAGUGGAAGAUUGACAGAGGAAAUCCCCAAAUGCCACAGCAUAGCUUUAAGCAUCCAGUGAAAAUCUGAUCAUAUUAUUUUUUUGUGCAGCUCACUUGAGACAUUUUGGAUAAAACAUGGACUUUUAGAUGCAAAUAUGUGCUGAAGUGUUGAGCUGACAUAAAGAAAGAAACUGAAUAUUUCUUCUUCAAUAGAAGUGCCUACACAACAAUGAUGCAGUGACAAAUCUGAAAGGAUUUAUCUUGAAAAUGAACCACAUGCCAGAAGCUAUGGCCUAAGCCCACUCCUCCCUGAGCGUCCCUUGCAGGAUGACUGCUGUCUGCCCCUCCGACAGCAGCCCAGAUGGAGCUGAAGCUGGGACAGGGACAGCAGGCACCACUGGGAACAGCUCAGUCUCAGGAGCAGAUUCCAGGGAGUCUAACGGAGACUCUGUUGGAGGGUCCACUGUAGGGACAGCUGUGGUUUCUGGCGGACAAAGGUAUAGCCGCUGGAGCCGGCAGGAUAGCUCUGACAUCAACACAGAUGAUGAGGGAGCCACUGUUCGUCGCCUAACUCCUCUGGAAAGGCUGAACCUGGAUAUGUGUCAGGAUGAAAGGGUGGUCCGUGAGCUGACAGUGGGCAGAAGAAUUGCCUUCUACAAGAUUCGUGGCGAAAUAGGGUGUGGAAAUUUCUCCCAUGUCAAACUAGGAAUUCAUGCUCUUACAAAAGACAAAGUGGCCAUUAAGAUCUUAGACAAAACUAAGUUGGAUCAGAAGACUCAGAGGUUGCUUUCAAGAGAGAUUUCCAGCAUGGAAAAACUGCAUCACCCUAAUAUUAUACGCCUAUAUGAGGUGGUGGAGACGUUGUCACGGCUACACUUGGUGAUGGAGUAUGCAGGUGGAGGGGAGCUCUACACUAAGAUUACUACAGAAGGAAAACUUUCUGACACUGACAGCAAGAUUGUCUUUGCUCAGAUCCUCUCAGCUGUUAAACACAUGCAUGAAAAUAACAUCAUCCAUCGUGACCUAAAGGCAGAAAAUGUCUUCUACACAAGCAGCUCUUGUGUCAAAGUCGGGGACUUUGGAUUUAGCACACUGAGCCACCGCGAUGAGAUGCUCAACACUUUCUGCGGCUCUCCACCUUAUGCGGCUCCAGAACUCUUCCGGGAUGAGCAUUAUGUAGGAGCUUAUGUAGAUAUUUGGGCUUUGGGGGUCAUGCUGUUUUUUAUGGUGACCGGCACCAUGCCAUUCAGGGCAGACACUGUGGCCAAACUUAAGAGAUGCAUCCUGGAGGGAGCCUAUGUGCUUCCCCCAUGGGUCUCAGAGGCAUGCCAGAGGCUCAUCAGGGGGAUUCUCCAGCCAGUCCCAUCGGAUCGCUAUACAGUGGAACAGAUGAUGGGCUGUGAGUGGCUGCUCCCUGUGGAAUUCCCAUGUGCCAUGGAGCCUUGUAAGCUAGAUCCAUCUCACCUUGCUGAGAGCACCCCAGCUGAACUGCUGGAGGAAGAGCUGGAGGUAAAGGCUGCAUUAGAGACUCUGGGAAUCACUUCAGAGCACAUAUUCAACAACCAGGGAAAAGACUGCAGAAGCUCCAUCACUGGGGUCUAUCGGAUCUUGCUACACCGGGCUCAAAAGAAACGGGUGGUUGAGAGGACGCCAGCAGUCACACAGAAAGUUGGGCCAACUACAACAAAUAAAAAGGAGCGACUAAAAGUGUACCGCAGUUUGCGGCACACAUCUAAACUGUGUGUGGUUCUGUGACAAAAAUGUUAAGCUUUACUAUGGAAAUUCAGUGAUUAUGUGGUCUGGGGUUAAAUUGCACAGACUGCUUUAGCAAAGCUUUUCAUACCAGUAGUAUAUGUCAAAAUAAUCGUACUAUGACCUCACUGAGCUGCUGAAACUUGAUAUUUCUUACUUAGUAUGUUUUCCUUUUCUUCUAAAUCUAGUCUUUACGAGAAGACUGCAGAAAGUUUAUUAUGUUUACUUUUUUGUUUUGAGAUAAAAAAUUUUAUCAGAUUUAAUAAGGUAUGGAAUGUAAAUAAUUAUAAGUCAGCAUAAUGGUUAAACUGCUAAUAAUUUUAUUUGAGUCAUAAAGACAAUACACUGUUAGCUAUCAGCUCUAUGCUCAUUGUUGGAAUUAUUGCCAGGUUCAAAAGAACCAAUUUAACAGAAACACCCUAAAAAGGCUCGAUAUUAGUAAUAUGAAAACAAAAACAUAAAUUCAGUGCAUUAAAGUUGGUAGAUUUGAUGUUUAAGUGAAAUUUUCUGAAAUGCCUUAUUUUUCAUUGUUUUGAAAUCAAAUUGGUUUCAAUAAUGAUACAGGUGAAAGGGUCAUAUGUGAUGUAUCUCUGUGAGAUGUUCCAAAUAUUUAUGUCAUUAGCCUCAAUUUGUUGACCAACUUUUGACUAAAAGCAAGGUGAGUACGGGUACACUGAGGUACGAUUUCAUGACAGAUAUACCAAUUAACAGAAGAUUAAUUAAUGUGGUAAAACAUUACUUUCAGGUUCAAGGUCUGAGACCGAUUCACUACAUCAUGCAAUGCUAUGUCGAUGCUAACGUGCUGAUGGAAAUAAAUGUCAAAUGAAA